AUGGUGGACAAGCUCUAUAAAUUGGAUCGCUGUCCGUAUGGAACUUGGACAUUUCCGAAGUGCAAUGAGAUUGUAAACGCAGUAACGGAUGCCUCGGACGAAACGAUGAUGACUUUUCUGUCCGAUACAGUGAGACGGGAAGAUGCGAUAGAUGAUGAGAAGAGACCGUCCGAUGUUUUGAGGCUGCGCAUGUUCUCCUUGCUGUAUCUCAUCGAGUGCUUGAUUUCAAGAGGUGCCGUGGUUAAGGAUCAGCUGUUGCUGGAUAAAGCUGUUUGGAUCAAUUUUCUCACUGUUCUCAAUCGUUGCUACUUAGAUGGGAGGGACGUAUGUGUUUUUUGCCUUUCAUCCAUAUGUUUUCUUGGAUCGUAUUCAUUGAGAUCAUGGCUCAUAAUUCUUGGUGAUAUUCUCAUUCCUAUCGCACUACACCCUCAAACACCUGAUAGUCUGCUUCUCUAG